AUGAAGAAUCCAGCAAGCAAUGAACAAUUACAAAGAUUCAUGUCCAAGAUGGAGUGUCAAGCUAUUUCUGAUGAUGAAGAAGAAAGUAAUACAUUUGAUAAAGGUGAAUUAGUAUUAGGUGACAAAGAAAAAAACUUAAGUCCCAGAAAAAUAGACACUCCUGAUAUCCUUGAACCUUCAUCUGAGAAUAGUGAAGUUAUAGAUAUUACAAAGGAUGAUGAAAUUAUUGAAUGUGAAACAAAAGAAAAACCAGCAAUUCUUAGCUCAAUAGUUUAUGGGGAACCUGAAUUACUUAUGGGAACACAAUUUCCAUUAAAUUAUGGUGUUUGUCCAAGUAUGGAGAAUUUUAUACGUUUAAAAAUGAGAAUUAAUAUAUUAAAAAGUUUCCAUGAAUGUAGAAAAUUUUCUUUAUAUAAUGGAUUAACAAAUUCUUUAUGUUUUUCAAUUGAUGGAAGAUAUAUUUUUACAUCUGAUGAUAGUAAUAUAGGAAGAGUUAUUGAUGUUCAUUCUUGGAAAACAAGACGAAUUGUAUCAUUUAACAAAUAUGGAAUAUAUGAUGGACAAUUUUUACAACAUAAUUAUGAUAUAAUUCAUCCUUCAUAUAAGAUUUUACCAUGGACAUGA